UUAUAAGUCAAAUAUAGUACAAUCCAAGCAUUGAAAUCCGACGCGCUCUCUCUCUCUCUGUUUUCCUUUGUCACGAGUUUCUCGCUUCGAGUACCAGUUACAGUUUCCUUUCUGUGCUUUCGAAAACGUAAAAACGGUGCCGUACAUAAGCUCGUGAUUGUUUUCAGAGAGGAAGAUGGCGAUAGAAACCGGCCAGAAGCCACCGUCCGAUGGCAAAGUUUGGGGUUUUUUCAAGCUGCCUUUUAGACAAACCGGGAACAGUAACAGUACGACUUCGUCUUCUGCUUCCUCGGCUUCGAAUCUGCAUACUCAAAGUCAACCUCAUGUGGAACGAUCCAACCAUCACGGCUCAGCGAACUCCGUUUCCUCCGUUGCUAAGUCGCUUUUACCGACUCGUCGCAGGCUCAAGCUUGAUCCGGCUAAUAAGCUCUAUUUCCCAUAUGAACCUGGCAAACAAGUGAGGAGCGCGGUUAGGAUAAAGAACACGAGCAAGUCAUAUACAGCUUUCAAGUUUCAAACCACAGCACCGAAGAGUUGUUUCAUGCGCCCACCGGGUGCUAUUAUUGCUCCUGGCGAGAGCAUCAUUGCGACGGUCUUUAAGUUUGUGGAGCAACCUGAAAAUAAUGAAAAGCCAAUGGAGCAGAAGAGCAGGGUUAAGUUUAAAAUCAUGAGUCUCAAGGUGAAGGGUCCGAUGGACUAUGUUCCCGAGCUGUUUGAUGAGCAAAAGGAUCAAGUGGCAAUAGAGAAAAUAUUACGAGUUGUUUUUCUAGAUCCCAAGCGCCCUUGUCCUGCACUAGAAAAAUUGAAGCGCCAAGUAGCUGAUGCCGAUGCUGCAGUUGAGGCACGCAAAAAGCCUCCAGAGGAUGCAGGACCGAGAAUCAUUGGGGAAGGACUUGUGAUAGAUGAAUGGAAAGAGCGGAGGGAAAGAUACCUUGCUCGACAGCAGGUUGAAGGAGUAGAUUCAGCUUAAAGCGGCAAUUCUUGGUCAGUUGCCUCGUCAUAUGUUUGAAGUUUUUAUAAUUAUCUUGUGCUUAUACCUGUUGAAUCAUUGCAUGUAAUGCAAAGGGUGUGGUCUUGGAAGAAUGAUGAGAAAAAUCCAAAAUCUGUUGUUGUAAAAAAAGUAAAGCUGCAUUUUCCGUAAUCGGAGACUUGAAGCUUGAAACUCAAAACUCAACUAGUUGUUACCAUCUGCGUCAACUGCAUUGUAGAUAAUGUGAUUUUUUCGCCGCCCUAAGGGGAAUAAAACUAUUCUUCAUGGGGGUGUAAUACACUAAAUGGAUCUCAAACUGCGUAGGAGUGUUUCAAUGCAUAUGCAUAUUCAAUAA